CAUGGAAUAUCUACAGGAUGAUCGAAGCUGUAAGCUCGCCAGUUGUUUCCCUAAGAUCUGUUAUAAGGUCCAGGAUACCGGUACCAGGGGCUGUAAUAUGUGGAGUUACCCUUGAUAGACCUGUUUUGUGUUACAAAAGCGCUUUUAAUGCCGCUGAUGAUAAUCAUGAAUUGGGAGCAAGUUGCAAUGAAUAUCUAACGAAUACUAGGAUGGAUGCUACACAAUUUAUUAAUAUGCGCGGAUUUGAUAAUUUGACUCGGCAGUAUUGUCAUAUUUUUAAUCCUACUAACCCUGUUAACGAGUCGCCUGGCGUAAAUCCUCUUGUAUUUGAUAAUUCUACACAAAAGAUAGCACUCGCGUUAUGGUCGAGCGAGGCUGCAAAUAACACGCUAGGUGCCAUUACACAGAGCAGAUGGUUUUUUUUCGGAAUAUUCAAUGAACUUGAAGAUCCGACACACGUUAAAUUUCAAAUUGUUAAAAUG